ACCCGGAAGUUUUGCUUGUUCUCAGCCCUACGAAAGUUCCCUUUUCGUUAACUGCCGUUUCCUGCUCAUUUCCGUAGGUUCGGCAGGGAAAUGCUGGGUGCCAGGGGCGACCGGCUUUGUGCUUUGGGGCCUUAAGGAGCCCCUCCCCCUCCUUGCUCGAUUUUUUUUCCGGAGGGAGGAGGAACCUGCUUCGGAGCGCACGCGCCUCCGCCGCGGCUUUUGCAGUCGCUGCGGAGACCACUCGUGUCCGAGCUCUGGAAGGCGGAGCGGGCUGACGUUCCGAAGUCACCAUGGCGACCUCGGCCGGAUUGGAGCGCUGGGUGCAGGACGAGCUGCACACCCUGCUGGGCUUGAGCGAGCGGCAUGUCGCGCAGUUCCUCAUCGGCACCGCGAAGCGCUGCGUCACGGCCGAUGAAUUCGUGGAGCGAUUGCGGGACACGGGGACCUUGGACUUCAGCGGGCCGGCUCGAGACUUUGCUCUGAGGCUCUGGGCCAAGGUUCCACGGAAAGCAGUUGUGGAAAGACCAGCCCGAGUAGCAGAGCGUGAGGCUUUGGCUUUGCUAGAGAAGAACCGUUCAUACCAGCUUCUGCAGGAAAGUGAAGAGAGUGAUGAAGAGAUCCAGGGUCCAGUGAGAAGUGGAUCCUUAAAAAAGAACAAGAAACGGAAACAUCUUAGAAAGAAAACCCAGGAAGAGGACGACGAAGAGCAAGACUCUGAGGAGGACAAGAAAAAGGCAAGAGUAAAUGAGACCAACAAGAAGCAGAAACCAGAGUCAGAAGAUGAGUGGGAACGAACUGAGAGAGAACGACUUCAGGACCUGGAGGAACGUGAUGCUUUUGCUGAACGUGUACGAAAGAGGGACAAGGAGCGAACACGAAAUAUUUUGGAACGGUCAGACAAGAAGGCAUAUGAGGAGGCUCAAAAGCGCCUUAAGAUGGCUGAAGAAGACCAGAAAGCAAUGAUACCUGAACUCCGAAAGAAAUCUAGGAGAGAGUAUCUUGCAAAGCGGGAACGUGAGAAACUGGAGGAUCUGGAGGCAGAGCUGGCAGAUGAGGAAUUUCUUUUUGGAGAUGUGGAGCUGAGCCAUACUGAAAGACAGGAACUCAAAUAUAAGAAGAAAGUACGGGAUCUGGCCCGAGAGUACAGGGCAGCUGGAGAGCAAGAGAAGCUAGAGGCAACAACUCGAUACCAUAUGCCAGAAGAAACUCGUGGACAACCAACUCGUAGAGCAGAACUGGUGGAAGAAGAGUCAGGAGCUCCAGGCGAGGAGCAGAGGCGUUGGGAGGAGGCUCGUUUAGGGGCAGCUUCCCUCCGAUUUGGAGCAAAAGAUGCUGCCCCCUCUGAGUCCAAGUAUCAGCUGGUGCUAGAAGAAGAGGAGACCAUUGAAUUUGUCAGAGCCACUCGGCUUCAGGGUGAUGAGGAACCAUCAGCUCCACCCUCUUCUGGGGACCAACAGAAGGAAUCAAUCCAAGCUGUUCGACGUAGUCUUCCUGUUUUCCCAUUCCGAAAUGACCUUCUUGUUGCCAUUGCCAACCAUCAGGUCCUUAUCAUUGAGGGUGAAACAGGGUCAGGGAAGACUACACAGAUUCCCCAAUACCUCUUUGAGGAGGGUUACACACAAAAAGGAAUGAAGAUUGCCUGCACCCAGCCUAGGAGAGUGGCAGCCAUGAGUGUGGCAGCUAGAGUGGCCCGGGAGAUGGGGGUGAAGCUGGGAAAUGAGGUUGGCUAUAGUAUUCGUUUUGAGGACUGCACCUCAGAACGGACUGUUCUUAGAUACAUGACAGAUGGGAUGCUUCUGCGAGAGUUCCUUUCUGAGCCUGACCUUGGAAGUUACAGUGUGGUAAUGGUGGAUGAAGCUCAUGAACGGACUCUGCAUACAGACAUACUGUUUGGGUUGAUCAAGGAUGUUGCUCGAUUCCGCCCCGAACUCAAGGUUCUGGUGGCUUCUGCCACACUGGAUACUGCUCGAUUCUCAGCUUUCUUCGAUGAUGCUCCUGUUUUCCGGAUCCCUGGCCGCAGAUUUCCUGUUGACAUCUUCUAUACCAAGGCUCCAGAGGCAGAUUACUUAGAAGCCUGUGUAGUAUCUGUGCUGCAGAUCCAUGUCACUCAGCCCCCUGGGGACAUUCUGGUAUUUCUGACUGGACAGGAAGAGAUUGAAGCAGCUUGUGAGAUGCUACAGGAUCGCUGCCGGCGCUUAGGCUCCAAGAUCCGGGAGUUAUUGGUGCUGCCCAUUUAUGCAAACCUGCCUUCUGACAUGCAAGCUCGAAUCUUCCAACCAACACCCCCUGGAGCACGAAAGGUGGUGGUGGCAACAAACAUAGCAGAGACAUCUCUGACCAUUGAGGGAAUUAUUUAUGUCCUGGACCCUGGUUUUUGCAAACAGAAGAGCUACAACCCCAGAACUGGCAUGGAAUCCCUCACUGUCACACCCUGUAGCAAGGCCUCCGCUAAUCAGCGAGCUGGACGUGCAGGUCGAGUGGCUGCAGGGAAGUGCUUCCGCCUCUACACAGCCUGGGCCUAUCAGCAUGAGCUAGAGGAGUCCACAGUGCCAGAGAUCCAGAGGACCAGUUUAGGCAAUGUUGUCCUAUUGCUUAAGAGUCUGGGUGAGCCAGAUGGUGGAGUCUCCGAAGGGGUGGGUGAAAAGGGGAGAGCUGAAGUUAAGGCCAGAAUUCUGGGACACAAUCUUAAUUCUCCCCUUUGCUCUUCAGGAAUCCAUGAUUUAAUGCACUUUGACUUUCUGGAUCCCCCACCCUAUGAGACCCUACUGCUGGCUCUUGAACAGUUGUAUGCUCUUGGAGCGCUCAACCACCUAGGAGAGCUCACCACGCCUGGCCGAAAGAUGGCAGAACUUCCUGUGGACCCUAUGUUAUCUAAAAUGAUUCUAGCAUCUGAGAAGUAUGGCUGUUCAGAGGAGAUUCUUACAGUGGCUGCCAUGCUAUCUGUCAAUAACUCCAUCUUUUACCGUCCCAAGGACAAAGUUGUUCAUGCUGAUAAUGCCCGUGUUAACUUUUUCCUGCCUGGUGGGGAUCAUUUGGUGCUACUAAAUGUUUAUACACAGUGGGUUGAGAGUGGUUAUUCUUCUCAGUGGUGCUACGAGAACUUUGUACAGUUGCGUUCAUUGCGUCGAGCCCGAGAUGUACGAGAGCAGUUAGAGGGGCUUCUGGACCGUGUAGAAGUUGGGCUCACCUCCUGCCAGGGGGACUAUAUUCGUGUCCGUAAGGCCAUCACUGCUGGCUACUUCUACCACACAGCACGCCUGACUCGAAGUGGGUAUCGCACAGUGAAGCAGCAACAAACUGUCUUCAUUCACCCCAACUCCUCUCUUUUUGAGGAGCAACCACGUUGGCUACUCUAUCAUGAACUUGUUUUGACAACCAAGGAAUUUAUGAGACAGGUAAAACCAUCAGAUCCCUUUCCCAUUGAUUGGUGUCCCUCAAGUAGGCAUAUGGGAAAAGGCCAUCAUCCCAGUUGGUUUUUUUGUAUUUUAAGAAAAGGCAAAUACCUAUGGGACCUGUUCAGAAAUUUAGAAAGGAGACUCUUCUGGGUUAACUCCCAUCUAUUGCCUUCUCAAGAGCAAUUCCCUUAAGAUAUUGAAUCACAAGAAAAACUAGAUCUUCUAGGCUCUGGCUUUUGAGGACUAACAGCAAUGGCCCCAGUCUUUCUAAAAAUGUUAGAAUGUCUAAGUCUCCUUGAUAGACACAAUGAGGAAAUUAGAAACUAAUGUUGUGGGGUUUCAUAUUCUUCUUCCUUCUCUUACCAGGUUUUAGAAAUUGAGAGUAGUUGGCUCCUAGAGGUGGCUCCCCACUAC